CCCUCCCCCUCCGCGGAGAGCAAAGGCCUGGCAACAGCUGAGCGACACUCGAUCUGCCCAGUCUCCCAGCCAGGGAGCGCCUGGAGGAAAUCCACUGCCCUGUGGCUACGGGGACAACAGGCCUGCCGCGACCCGGCCCUGCUUCGGGAACAAGGAGAGCUCAGCCUGUAGCUUCACAGUGAGAAACCAUCGCUAUCCUUGUAGCAGUAACCUGAAACUGCAGUAGUGCUCCCAGAUUGUGCGAAGACCACCCCCUCACAGCCACAGUAGGUCUGUCCUGUGACAAUGUCUUCCAUUAAAAUUGAGUGUGUUUUGCGGGAAAAUUGUCAUUGUGGGGAGUCACCAGUAUGGGAUGAAGCAUCUAACUCUCUGCUCUUCGUGGAUAUUCCUGCAAGAAAGGUUUGCCAGUGGAAUUCUCUCACCAAGCAAGUGCAGCGAAUGAACAUGGAUGCCCCAGUCAGCUCUGUGGCCCUUCGCCAAUCGGGAGGCUAUGUUGCCACCAUUGGAACAAAGUUCUGUGCUUUGAACUGGAAAGAUCAAUCAGUAGUUGUCCUGGCCACUGUGGAUAAAGACAAGAAAAACAAUCGAUUCAAUGAUGGAAAGGUUGAUCCUGCUGGGAGAUACUUUGCAGGCACUAUGGCUGAGGAAACAGCCCCAGCAGUUCUUGAGCGACACCAAGGAUCCCUGUACUCUCUCUUUCCUGACCACCAAGUGAAGAAGUACUUUGACCAGGUGGACAUCUCCAAUGGUUUGGAUUGGUCCUUAGACCACAAAAUCUUCUAUUAUAUCGACAGUCUGUCCUACUCGGUGGAUGCCUUUGACUACAACCUGCAGACGGGAGAUAUCUCUAACCGCAGAAGUGUUUACAAGUUGGAGAAAGAUGAACAUAUCCCAGAUGGAAUGUGUAUGGAUACUGAGGGGAAACUUUGGGUGGCCUGUUACAAUGGAGGACGAGUCAUUCGUCUAGAUCCAGCUACAGGAAAAAGGAUCCAAACUGUGAAGCUGCCUGUUGAGAAGACAACUUCAUGCUGUUUUGGAGGCAAGGACUACUCGGAAAUGUAUGUGACCUGUGCCCGGGAUGGACUGGACGCUGAGGGGCUUCUGAAGCAACCAGAAGCUGGCGGAAUUUUCAAGAUAACCGGCCUUGGGGUCAAAGGAAUUGCCCCCUGCCCCUAUAGAGGGUGAGCAAUAUUGAAGACCACUGGAAAAUUUGGGAAAUAAACUCAUGGAAAUUUAAUCUGGUUUUUAAAAUGAAACAAUCACAUUAUUAACAGUGCUGUUUUUAUUUACAAUUGGAGGAAGGUGAGGAUUGAACUAAGGGCUCUGUGUAUGCUAAGCCCAUGUUCUAACAAUCAGCUGCAUCCCAGGCCAUUAUUUAACAGUUUCCAAAAGAUGGAGCAUUUUAAGUAGAGGCUGGCAAGUGAUUUAGAUUACAUACUACAAAGCUUCCCUGAAAAUCACCAUAGAGUACAGCAUUUAACUCUCAACCCACCUGUAACAAAUUGCUCAAGGACCCUAUCUGUUCUUUUCUGCAUUCCAUUGAGCUUCAAAGAUGAAUAAGGAGAAACUUACUAAUGAGUGUGAAUUAUGUUCCUUUUUGUUUUUCUUAUAAUCACACAAAAUAUACCAUGAUACUAA